AUGCUUAACAAUGCGCACGUCAUAUUGCAACAGCCUUCGGGUCAACAAGUUUUAAUUCAAUCUCCACAACACUCGGAAAUAAUUAUGCGUCAGCCCAUGCCACAGCAACGCAUUAUCUAUAACACAAAUCGUGUUUUGUAUUCACCUCAACAGCAACAACAACCGCAGACUCAGGCUGUACUUCAGCAAUCUCCGCAAUCGCAUCAGCAACAUCCGCAGCAGCAACAGCAGCAUAUACAAUUACAAACAUCUUCCACCACAACACCUAUGCACACGACAGCGCGCCUUGUUCAGACGAGAGUAGGUGCCUCGCCCCAAGAGACAGUCCAGCAACAUCAACAGCCCCAACCUCAACAAAAUGUUGUGUUUCAUCCCAUUCAGGCAACCGCAGUUCAGAAUCCUCAGCAGUUAAAGCCCCAGUUGCAGCAGCAAUCUCCAUUGCAAAUGCAGCAGCAACCGCAGCAACAAUUGGUGGCAACAGCAUUGACUGGGGGAGUGUCUGGAGGUGGUGUUAUGCGCGGUGCUAUUCGUAAUAAGUCACCACGCGGAGGUGGUGCUCUUGGUGGUACGCAUACUCUGAUCGCUCGUAUGCCUGCUACUCCGGUAAGUCGGGCUGUGCGACCGCAGAUGACUGCAUCAAUGCAGCCACAACUACACCAGCAAACACCCCGUGCACCACGGCCCAGAGGAGGCGCAAGCGGUACAAGAGCACGUGGUGCCGCACGUGGAGGACGCGGUGGAGCAUCGCUCGCUGGAAGAGGAACGCAGGUAACGGCAACAACAGUGCAGCAACAACAACAAUCUCAACAAUUACAGCCACAACAGCAAAUAUCAACUUCACAGCAACUCAUACAGAACGCCGUAGUUCAGGGCAAAAAUAUCACAAUUUUAAAUCCACAAGGACAAGUGAAACACAUAUAUCGCAACAUUACCGAAACGCCCCAGCAACAGUUGCAGUUACUAGCAAGUUCCGCGCAGCAGCAACAACGGGCAACGCAGCUGGUGGGUGCCCGCUUCCGUGCUCCAAUUGUUACCGCAGGAAGUGGUGCAGGAAGCAGUAACAGUUCCGGUAGUAGCAGUGGUAACUAUGAAUUGGACUUAGAAGACAGUAUUCAAGCGGUUGUGGUGAAGAAGGAUCAGCAAAAACCGGCGGUUUCGACCGCCAACAUUACAAACCCCCCCGUAGGUACCACACUGACUAGCUACUACACCAAAGAGGAUGAUGAUACGCGUUUGGUACGCACCCAAAAUGGCACAUGUAUUACCUUGGCCGAGUAUCGCAAACGUCAUCCGCCCACGGCUGGAUCGUCUACUACAACUACAGCCACUAUUUUGCAAAUGAAAGCCCCACUACGCGCGAGUGGACCACAACCGCCCAAUAAAAUGUUACCGACGCAUGCCUCCGGAAGUACAGGGAUGGUGCCAAUCGCACGGGUCGCACCCCAACAAGUUCAACAGCCUCAACAGUCACAACAAUCGCAAAUGCCUACGACAACUUCAACGUCGUCCUCAGCAGUUCACCGCACUUCGCACAACAACUACGAAAUUCACACACAACAUGUCAUGCAGAAUCGGAACAAUACGCAAAUGGCGGAGAAAGAUCGAAAUAGCGCUAAAAUGUUGGUAAUAUUGGUGUCUGGUGAACAACGUCUCAUAACAUUCACAUUGCCACGUGAAUCUUGUACCGUUCAAGAUCUACUCGAACAAGUUGGAGUGCCAUUUGAUAGUUCAACAACCAUACAGUGCGUGGAGAAUCCUGGUGCAAAUAUCGAUUUUGUUGUCACUGUCGGGUUUUCAGUUCAGGAAUCUGCCAGCGAGCUAAUAUCGCGCGCAGAACAGACUUUGCAAAUGAAUAGACAACAAGAUGCAACUGCCGCUAGCAGCUUAGCGGCAACUAAUUCUGCUUCUGCUUCAGUUAGCAGCGGAGGAAAUACAACUGUUUCACAGGGCACCAUUCCACAGCCAACGGCAACUGCUAGUUAUGGGAAUCCGGCGAAUAGUGCAGCUCAAACUGCUAAUUCUACUGUUGUCCCUGAAACGGCACAUAAAGAUGCACAUACUAACAGUCCAGCAACAACCAGUACUACUAACAAAUCUUCCACAGUACCAGCAGCAACAGAGGAUGUACCCCGUAAAAUUAUACAAGGAUUUCUUGCUGUCUGUCAAAGCUGCGGCUUUAGUGGAUACGACCAUGCUAAAUGCGAACGCUGCAAAAGAGUUUUCCUCGAUCCACCGAAGCGUGUCCCAUGUGUGAAGAGUUUAGGCAGUAACACCACUUCAACGCCUGGUGAGACGACUGCGACUAAAGCCAUUGGCAGCAGUGAGCUUGCACCAAGCGAAAAACGUCGUGGAAGUGAUUUAUUAGCACGAGCUCAAGCUAAAAGUGCUCUUAGCUACAGCAAUAGUGCCGCUAGCAGUGGUACUCCGACGCGCGGACGUGGUGGUCCGGGCGGUGCUGGACGGGGUCGCAGUACUCGCAGUGGACGUCGAGCUGCCGAAAUUGAACCAGUAAUUCUCACGCUAAGCAGUGAUGAAGAAGAUGACGAUGAAUCAUCCAAUAAAGCACCAGGAUCGUUUUCAUCAAAUUCCAAUGCUGCCAAUUCUAUGAGCUGUAAUACAAAAAAUUACGAGCCAUUGGGCUUCGAAACAACAAUGCCAGAUGUAGAUGAAAAUGCAGUAUAUGCUGGUGAGUUCUAUAUUUUUGUCGUAGUAAGCUAUUUAUAUAUAUGCAUUAAAAGAAGUGGAAAUAAAAUCGGCUAUUCAUACCAUGCAAUGACAUCAAAAUGACAAAGUCGUUACCCGCGAGUCC